AUGGCAAGUUGUAGAAGCCAGCUUAAUGUUAACAGUAACUAUGCUGGAAAGCUUAGGACCACGUGUGGCCCUACACCAGUGUCUCACAGACCACGUGUGGCCAUACACCAGUGCCUCACAGACCACGUGUGGCCAUACACCAGUGCCUCACAGACCACGUGUGGCCAUACACCAGUGUCUCACAGACCACGUGUGGUCAUACACCAGUGUCUCACAGAUCACGUGUGGCCAUACACCAGUGUCUCACAGACCACGUGUGGUCAUACACCAGUGUCUCACAGACCACGUGUGGCCAUACACCAGUGUCUCACAGACCACGUGUGGCCAUACACCAGUGCCUCACAGACCACGUGUGGUCAUACACCAGUGCCUCACAGACCACGUGUGGCCAUACACCAGUGUCUCACAGACCACGUGUGGUCAUACACCAGUGCCUCACAGACCACGUGUGGCCAUACACCAGUGUCUCACAGACCACGUGUGGUCAUACACCAGUGUCUCACAGACCACGUGUGGCCAUACACCAGUGUCUCACAGACCACGUGUGGCCAUACACCAGUGCCUCACAGACCACGUGUGGCCAUACACCAGUGCCUCACAGACCACGUGUGGUCAUACACCAGUGCCUCACAGACCACUGCUGGUGCCAGUGCUGGUGAUGGUACUAAUGCUGCUCCUUGUAGACCCACUAAUGCUGCUACUUGUAGACCCACUAAUGCUGCUCCUUGUAGACCCACUAAUGCUGCUACUUGUAGACCCACUAAUGCUGCUCCUUGUAGACCCACUAAUGCUGCUCCUUGUAGACCCACUAAUGCUGCUACUUGUAGACCCACUAAUGCUGCUCCUUGUAGACCCACUAAUGCUGCUACUUGUAGACCCACUAAUGCUGCUCCUUGUAGACCCACUAAUGCUGCUCCUUGUAGACCCACUAAUGCUGCUCCUUGUAGACCCACUAAUGCUGCUCCUUGUAGACCCACUAGUGCUGCUUCUUGUAGACCCACUAAUGCUGCUCCUUGUAGACCCACUAAUGCUGCUCCUUGUAGACCCACUAAUGCUGCUACUUGUAGACCCACUAAUGCUGCUCCUUGUAGACCCACUAAUGCUGCUCCUUGUAGACCCACUAAUGCUGCUCCUUGUAGACCCACUAAUGCUGCUCCUUGUAGACCCACUAAUGCUGCUCCUUGUAGACCCACUAGUGCUGCUUCUUGUAGACCCACUAAUGCUGCUCCUUGUAGACCCACUAAUGCUGCUUCUUGUAGACCCACUAAUGCUGCUUCUUGUAGACCCACUAAUGCUGCUCCUUGUAGACCCACUAAUGCUGCUCCUUGUAGACCCACUAAUGCUGCUCCUUGUAGACCCACUAAUGCUGCUCCUUGUAGACCCACUAAUGCUGCUCCUUGUAGACCCACUAGUGCUGCUUCUUGUAGACCCACUAAUGCUGCUCCUUGUAGACCCACUAAUGCUGCUUCUUGUAGACCCACUAAUGCUGCUUCUUGUAGACCCACUAAUGCUGCUCCUUGUAGACCCACUAGUGCUGCUCCUUGUAGACCCACUAGUGCUGCUACUAAUGCAGCUGAUGGUACUAGAACAACUCCUGGUACUAGUGUGCUUCUCCUGUUUCUGGUAUUAGCUGCUAUGGUCAGCAACGAUGAGUUAAGUCACAAUAGAUAUAAUGCGUCAACACUUACACUUGAAAGUGUAGCCACACUGACUAAUGUUUACAUCCCAACUACAGCCGUGGGUAGAGGAGCACUCGAGGGUUGGCUGAUGGCGGUGCAGUCAUGGCGGCAUGGUGGCGGCCAUGGCAGCAUGACGGCGGCCAUGGCGGUGGUUAUGGCGGCCACGGCGGCCAUGGCGGUGGUUAUGGCGGCCAUGGCUGUGGCCACCUCAAGCCGUCCACUGAUGCCACUCAUUACAACGUUGAAACAUCUACAAAACCCCAGUCUUACCUGUUAA